AUGGCGGAUGAUCAUUCGCACGUGCCGCGCGCCAAAGCUCGAUCGGCUUCCAUAUGCGCUACCAGUCUCGAAACGAUCCCCCCGAUGGGGGGCAUCCCCAACGGGGGCACGCCGCAAAGUCGCCGCCGAAAGCCGGCGACUCGCUCGCAGAGUGCCCGACUCAACAACAACCGCUCCAUAAAGCGGCGGACGUUGGCCUCGGCGAACCAAAUAGAAAUGAAGGGUCACUGUAACAGUGAACCGAAACUAACAGACCAAGCAGGAGUCACUCCUGAAGUCUCUCCCAAUAUCAAAAGGAAAGGUUCCGCAAGGAGAGGAACCUCGGUUUAUCACAGAAAAUCGACGGCUUUUCUAGACGUGCCUGACACACGUGCUGCCAGGGGAAACCCCGAAGAGGAAGACGAGGAUUCGUACAGAUUGAGGUCGUUUAGUUUCACUUCCAAAGGAAUAAUCAAUAGAGGAGAUUCGUUCAGACGGAGACGCUCAAGAAGUAAUAGUUUAUGUCCUGCCGUCGGAGGCGGAAUGCCUUCCCUUCUUCUGAAUGAGCCUGAGCAAACUGUUUCUGUUUGCAAUUACAUUGUCGCAUUACUCGGUGCGAAUGGUGUAGGAAAAACUGCCCUAAUUAGCCAGUUUAUGACUUCAGAGUGUAUCAAUGCGUACGAUCGACAAAAAGAUACACUAUCAGGAGCUGAAACUGUUUCAAUAAUGCUUAAUGGAGAAGAAUCCGAACUAACGUUUCAAAAUCUUUCCAGCACGAAGGAAAUAGACAAGACACAUCCACCCGAUGCAUUUGUAAUCCUUUAUUCCGUCGUAGAUAAGGCUAGUUUUUUAAAGGCCGAAAUAGAACUGACCAAACUUCAAGAUGCCGACCUAUUAAGAUCACGAUCCGCUAUUUUAGUCGCCAAUAAAAUUGACUUAGCAAGAAGCAGAGCCGUUUCUGCACAAGAUGGCAAAUGUCUAGCUUGCACCUUCAGAGCGAAAUUUAUCGAAAUUUCUGUCGGCAUAAAUCACAACGUAGACGAACUCCUAGUCGGAAUAUUAACCCAAAUAAGACUAAAAGCAGCAAGUGCCGAGGACAACGACCAUCAGCAGCAGUGGUACAAGAGUCGAGGUAUGAUGAAAGCUAGUAUGAAAGCAAGACAGAUGUUUACGUGGUUGUUUGGAAAAGAAGAUUCAAAAUUUAAAAAUUGUGAAAACCUUCAUAUACUCUAGCACUAGUUUCGUAUUUACGGUACUAUAAUUAUUAUUAAUAAAGGUGUUGUAAGUAAACAGACAAAUCUUACUCUUGGACAUUACUUCAAAUUUAUACAUUAAUAACUACAUCAAACAGCUCUUUACAUUGUGUUUAUGAAUACAGCUUCCUAUUAAGUACUGCAAAAUGUGGGCUGGGGCCAAGAAAAGAUUUGAGUGUUUAUAUUAGCGUAUUGCUUGUUCCAAGAAAGUAACAUAAUUGUCUACGUGUCCGGCUUUCUUGGAGACAAAGCACCCAAUUUUACCAACGUUAGAUAAAUAAUUCUGUCAAAAUUACCAGGAGAAAAGCAAAUUUGUGAUUCAAAUAUUCAAAUCCAAAUUUAUUUACAAUUAACUAUCGUUGGUAAAGCGAACAAUGAAGCAUAUCUCAAAACAUUUGUAUUAAUGUUGACUUUUCAAUGAUUCGUUUAUGUUAAAUAUUUUUCACAGUGUGAUUAUAUUUUGUCACUGAUGACUGAUGACUUUAGAUACAAUUAUUUAAACAGAUUACGUGUACUUAAAAUAUAUAUUUAUAUAAAUUGUAUGUCCUGUAAUAAAAAAUGGUGAAUAAGACUUCGCUUUGUAGGUA